AUGGCUGGAGCCAUGGUCCUAUGGCUAUGGACACUUUUGAUGCUAAUGGUUAUGACCAAUGGUGCAGAAAAUAGUUACAGCAUAGGUGUAAAUUGGGGAAGCAUUGCAUCACAUCCACUACCACCAUCCAAUGUGGUUGGAAUGUUGAAAGACAAUGGCUUAAAGAAGGUGAAGCUUUUCGAUGCUGAUGCCUCAACCCUUGAAGCCUUAGCUGGGACUGGGAUUGAUGUCAUGGUUGCCAUCCCUAAUGACAUGCUUGAACGAAUGAACAAGUACAAACAUGCAAAAGAUUGGGUUAAGAAGAAUGUUACCAAGCACCUUUAUGAUGGAGGAGUCAAUAUAAAGUAUGUAGCAGUAGGGAAUGAACCAUUUUUGGCAAGUUAUAACGACAGUUUCAAGUACACAACAUUUCCAGCCCUUCAAAACAUUGUGAAAGCUCUUGAAGAAGCUGGACAUGGAGAUAUCAAGGCUUCCAUACCCCUCAACGCAGACGUGUAUGAGUCGUCCUCAACUUCACCCUCAAGUGGCGAUUUUAGAGGAGACAUCAAGGAUCUCAUGUUAGACAUAGUUGCCUUCCUUAAGGACAAGGGUGCACCCUUCAUUGUCAACAUCUAUCCUUUUCUUAGUCUCUACCAAAACCCGGAUUUUCCUGAAAAUUUCGCCUUCUUUGAUGGAGGCGGUAAAAGUAUCAAUGACAAUAGCCAUUCCUACAAUAAUGUGUUUGAUGCUAACUUUGACACACUUGUCUGGGCAUUGAAGAAGAAUGGUUAUGGAGAUUUAAAGAUCAUUGUUGGGGAGAUUGGAUGGCCUACUGAUGGCCACAUUCAAGCUAAUACUAAGAAUGCCAAAAAGUUUUAUGAUGGUUUGCUUAAGAAGUUGGCUGCUAACAAGGGCACCCCUAUGCGAUCAGGACAACUUGAGGUCUACCUUUUUGGGCUACUCGAUGAGAACAUGAAGAGCAUAGACCCAGGCAACUUUGAGAGGCACUGGGGAAUCUUCCGUUACGAUGGACAACCCAAGUUUCAGAUGGACCUUAGCGGCAAAGGCAAUGACAAGAUGCCCAUAGGUGCCAAAGGGGUGCAGUACUUAGAGUCUAAAUGGUGUAUCUAUAACCAAGACGCCAAGAACCAGGAUAAGGUACAAGGCUCUAUAGAGUAUGCGUGCUCAAGAUCAGACUGCACCGCCUUAGAAUAUGGCUCCUCGUGCAAUAACCUUGAUGUUAAGGGUAACAUCUCGUACGCCUUCAACAUGUUCUUCCAGAUGAACGAUCAGAGUGUCGAAGCUUGUCAAUUUGAUGGCCUUGGUAUGAUCAGCUCCACCAAUGCCUCCCAACAGGGGUGCCUCUUCCCUAUUGAGGUUGUAGGUGCUGGUGCAAUCAGGCUUAGCAUUGUUCCUAUGAGGGCUGUUCUUUUGGGAAUAUCUCUGUUUCUGUUGUUGUAAGGGACUACAGAUUAGUCACGAGGAUUUUGUUUUCUUUGAUGGGGGUUAA